AUGGUCAUUCUUCACCGGCCUUUGUCUCUCCUCCUCCUCGUCUUUCUCUCCAUCCCAUUCACUUUCACCUUCGCAGAGAUCCGAUUCUCUGAGAUCCGCUCCGACGACCGGCCUAUAAUCCCCUUCGACGAAUUUGGAUUCACUCACAAAGGCCGUCUGGAACUGAACGUCUCUGAGAUCUCACUCUCCAACCCCAGCCCCGAUCUCGACCUCUCCAAACUCGGCUUCUUCCUCUGCACAAAAGACUCAUGGAUGCACGUGCUCGAACAAAUCGAGGACGCCGAGAUCACGUGCGCUCUCCAGUCCGGCCUCAUCAAACAAGUCUACGCUUUCCAAUCUCUCACAGGCGCCAAAAAAGGCUUCGAUAUGGUGUAUCCGCAAACUGAUGCCGAUCAGUAUACCCUCGUCUUCGCUAAUUGCCUUCCACAACUCAAAGUCUCAAUGAACGUCCGAUCUGCCAUGUACAAUCUAGACGGCAAGUCCAAUAGUCGCGAUUACUUAUCCGCAGGCAAAACAAUCCUGCCUAGGGUUUAUUUUCUUUUCUCUAUCAUCUAUUUCAGUUUAGCCGGUGUUUGGAUGUACGUUUUAUACCAAAAGCGUUUAACCGUGUUCCGUAUUCAUUUCUUUAUGCUUGCCGUGGUUAUCCUGAAAACUUUUAACUUACUCUGCGAGGCCGAGGAUAAGUCUUAUAUUAAGAGAACCGGUAGUGCUCACGGUUGGGAUGUAUUGUUUUAUAUAUUUAGUUUCUUCAAAGGAAUUACGUUGUUUACUUUGAUUGUGUUGAUCGGGACCGGUUGGUCGUUCUUGAAACCGUACUUGCAAGAUAAGGAGAAGAAGGUUUUGAUGAUUGUGAUUCCGCUUCAGGUGAUUGCCAAUAUAGCUCAGGUUGUGAUCGAUGAGACUGGGCCCUAUGGUCAAGAUUGGGUGACUUGGAAACAAGUGUUUUUGCUAGUUGAUGUUGUUUGUUGUUGCGCUGUUUUGUUCCCAAUCGUUUGGUCAAUCAAGAAUUUGCGUGAGGCGGCCAGGACUGAUGGGAAAGCGGCCGUGAAUUUGAUGAAACUGACGCUGUUCAGACAGUAUUACAUUGUGGUUAUUUGCUACAUUUAUUUCACGCGAGUUGUGGUUUAUGCAUUGGAGACAAUUACCUCAUAUAGGUAUCUUUGGACUAGUGUUGUGGCUGGGGAGUUGGCGACACUUGCUUUCUAUGUGUUUACGGGUUAUAGGUUCAAGCCUGAGGCGCACAAUCCAUAUUUCGUGAUUGAUGAUGAAGAGGAGGAAGCUGCAGCUGAACAACUGAAACUUGAAGACGAGUUUGAACUUUAA